AUGAAUAACAAGUCGAAUAACGAGGGUAAUGCGAAUUCGAAUGAGUUUCGGAGUAAUAGAAAUCAGUUCCCUCGAGUUGGGGAGACGUCAAGAACAUCACCAUGGCAAUAUCAUAUGCAGAACGAAGGUCCGUUGCCGUACUCCAGUAACUAUUUAAUUCCAAAUAAUAAGGAUUGCCAAGGUGUGGGGAAUGGGAAUGUGCAGAGGGUGGAGGGUAACAAUGGCAAUAGGGAACCUCCGAAGAAUCAAAUAUAUAAUAUAUAUUACAACGUGCGACCUACAGAACAAGAAUUACAAGUAUUAUUGUAUAAUUCUAGUAUGAAUGAGAUGGCAUAUCACAAAUGCCCGCAAUGUGAGAAACGAUUCAAGAGAAAAUCGUGGUUAAAGAGACAUAUGUUAUCACAUUCGGAGGAGAGACAGUAUAGUUGUCCGUGGUGUAUCAGUCGACAUAAGAGGAAAGACAAUUUGUUGCAACAUAUGAAAUUGAAACAUACGGAUGAAGUGUUGAAGAAAUUGAAAAUGACCUGUUAUUUGGAAGGGGACGAUGGGGAAGAGAUGAUGAAUCGGGAUAAUAUUCGGACGAUGCUAUAUGAAGGGUUAUUGGAUAAAGAUGAGGUGAAGAAAGUGUUGAAUGAGUUGCUUGAAGAAUGA